AUGUCUGAUACAUAUUAUGCAUGGAUAAAUGAUGAAAUCAAACCACGGAAAAUCCCUAAUCAAAAUGUUGUCCAUCGUAUUUUCACCCGCCAGAUCAACAUGGGACGACCUGGUGUACAAUUCAACCAGUCUCGCAUGUUCUACACAAACAUUUUCCCAAACUUUACAAUUGUCAAUGUGGAAAAACCACCAUGUUUCCUGAGGAAGUUUUCACCUGAUGGUCGCUACUUUAUAGCCUUUUCCGCUGCACAAACCUCACUUGAGAUUUAUGAAUUCAAUGGCCCAGCAGCUGCUGCAGACUUACUCAAACACUUCAGUGGAGAGCAUACUUCCUCGGGUUAUGACCCACAAUUGUCCUACCUGCACAGCAAAUUAUUUGAUCGCUUUUUUACCCAGAAGCAGGUGACUGUUGUGGCAGCAAACCACGAGCAGCUAAAUCGUGAAUGCAGCCUUUUCACUGAUGACAGUAAAUAUGUCAUUGUCGGCUCCGCUAUUCAUGUUCCAGAAGAUCCCUCACCACUGUUCUUUGAAAUCUAUCGCAAUAAUGAAUCUGUGCCACCAAAUCCCCGCCUACCUCUGGAAGAUUACUCUCUCCACAUUGUCGAACUGGAGACUGGCUUACUUUGUGACACGCGUCAGUUCAAGUGCGACAAGAUCUUCCUCUCACAUAACCAAGGACUAUAUUUGUAUAAGGACACACUGGCCGUCCUCUCUGUACAGCAACAAACUAUUCAUAUCUUCCAGAUAACAAAGGAUGGUCAGUUUGUCGAUGUUCGAUGUGUAGGACGUUUUUGCUUUGAUGAUGAUGAAACUAUCCUUCGGCUUGGGCUUGACCCUGCUUCAAACUGUCAUCAAAUCCGACCAAUGGCUGAAAAAACUAUUAAUUCACUCAAACACAGGUUGCUGGUAUUCUUAUAUGCCCGUGCUAAGCGAACAAACUGUAUUUAUGAUGAGAAGUGGGUUUCUAUGAUGGAACGACCCAAAGCCUGUGGAGAUCACCCAAUUAGAUUUUAUGCCAGGGAUUCUGGUCUACUCAAAUUCAAGAUUUAUGCUGGUCUGCAGGGGCGAAAUCCUCCUCCAACUGCUCGCCGUUUGGUUGCCUUCACAUUUCAUCCAUACGAACCAUUUGCCAUCAGUAUUCAAAGAACUAAUGCUGAAUAUGUUGUUAAUUUUCAUGUCCGACAUGUAACUUAUGAAGCUGAUUGA